AACUGAAGGAACAAGUCAUCAUGGGAGCAUUUUUAGACAAGCCAAAGAUGGAGAAGCAUAAUGCCCAAGGGCAGGGUAAUGGGCUACGUUAUGGGCUAAGUAGUAUGCAAGGUUGGCGAGUUGAGAUGGAGGAUGCACAUACAGCUGUUAUUGGUUUGCCAAAUGGACUUGAUGGAUGGUCAUUUUUUGCGGUAUAUGAUGGGCAUGCUGGAUCCCAGGUUGCCAAGUACUGCUGUGAGCAUUUAUUAGAUCACAUCACAAGCAACCAGGAUUUUAAAGGGUCCGAUGGACCACCCUCUGUGGAAAGUGUAAAGAGUGGAAUCAGAACAGGUUUUCUGCAAAUUGAUGAACAUAUGAGAGUAAUCUCUGAGAAGAAACAUGGUGCAGAUAGAAGCGGGUCAACAGCGGUGGGUGUCAUGAUUUCUCCUCAACACACUUACUUCAUCAACUGUGGAGACUCAAGAGGUUUACUUUGUAGAAACAGGAAGGUUCACUUCUUCACACAAGAUCACAAACCAAGUAAUCCACUGGAGAAAGAGCGUAUACAGAAUGCAGGUGGUUCUGUAAUGAUUCAACGUGUGAAUGGCUCUCUUGCUGUGUCUAGAGCUCUUGGGGACUUUGAUUACAAAUGUGUCCAUGGGAAAGGCCCUACAGAGCAGCUUGUCUCACCUGAGCCUGAAGUUUACGAAAUUGAGAGAUCAGAAGAAGAUGAUCAGUUUAUCAUACUGGCUUGUGAUGGUAUCUGGGAUGUUAUGGGAAAUGAAGAGCUCUGUGACUUUGUAAGAUCCAGACUUGAAGUCACUGAUGACCUUGAGAAAGUUUGCAAUGAGAUAGUCGACACCUGCUUGUACAAGGGAAGUCGAGACAACAUGAGUGUGAUUUUGAUCUGUUUUCCAAAUGCACCAAAGGUAUUGCCAGAGGCGGUGAAGAGAGAGGCAGAGUUGGACAAGUACCUGGAAAGCAGAGUAGAAGAGAUCAUAAAGAAGCAGGGUGAAGGAGUACCAGACUUAGUCCACGUGAUGCGUACGUUAGCAACUGAGAGCAUCCCAAACCUCCCGCCAGGGGGUGAAUUGGCAAGCAAACGGAGUGUGAUUGAAGCUGUUUAUAACAGACUGAACCCCUAUAGAAAUGAUGAUGCUGACUCUGCAUCAACUGAUGAUAUGUGGUAAAACUGCCCAUCUAGCUGUGGAAUUUACAUUCAUCCUCCAGUUGAAAGUGCGGCCCAACCUCAGUGACCCUUCUUAACAUCCAUCUUCAACCUUAUUUAAAGAAGGGAUUAUGAUGUGUUGGUGAGAGUGACUACACCAGAAAACUACAGCAGUAGGACAUCUAGCCCAGGAACUGAUGUUUUUUUUGUAAAACAGACUUCUGUAAACGUGAUUUCAAACCAUAAUUCAUGUUGUAAAUCAGACUCCAGCAAUUUAUGUUGUAUGAUUUUGUUUAUGUAAAGUGCAAUUGUCCUUGUAUAAAAUGCUCAUAUUUAAUUAUGAACUGCUUUAAAUCACUAUAAAGGUUAGAAGAAAUGUUUGGCUUGUUGUGUGAUGCAACAAAUAUAUAGCCCUUUAAAUUUAUGUUGUGGUUUUGGAUUGCAAGGAGCAGCAGCCUAGCCAGCUAGAUGCUCAAGAGGUGCACAAAACUGUAAGAUUACUUUUUAUUUUAUAUAAAGCAGAACAUCUGGGCAAUUUAUCCCAACUGUAGUGUAUGAAUUUGCUUGGCAGUGGGAAAAAUAACUAACAUACUGCUCGUUCUCCAACAAACCUAUUUUUUAUGUUUUCUGUUGCUAUUUACUAUUGUCCCAGUCCUGCUGCCACUUGAAAUCAAUGAGGGUUUCAGCUGUGACUUCAGUGGAAGCAGGAUCAUGCUGUAUAAUACAGCGCAAUCAUAAGUAUACCAAUUUUGAGGUUAGAAUACCUUGAUUCUUUGCACCUCUUUUUUACAAACCCUUACCCUAAAUUACUAAUCAGUUGAGCAAGAGGGAGCAACUUUCUACAUACAGUAGGAGUCUGCAGCAUUUUUACUAUCCUGAUUGGCUGAGUCUGCUGCUGUUCCAAGUAAAAUAUUCUGAAUUCCAUUUUAUCAAUAAAGCUUGAUUUAACAAACAAGAAAUUUAAUCAUAUAUGUGUAAUUCCUCUUUUUUUUUCCUGCCUUUUGAAAUUCUGUGCCAUUGUAAAUGAGAUUUCACAUGUGGAAAAAUAUUUUUAAAUUGGUAGCCCAUUUUUAAAAUGAGGAGAACUUUGACUGUUGCCCAAGGCAUAGACACUGGAGGAUGUAGUGGGUUUAAUCUGUUACUCUAUUUUACAUGGAUUUAUUUCAGGUUUUUCGUUUUUCACUGAGAUGAGCAUCGGUUUGAAUUUGCCUACUGUUUAAUGAAAAUACAUUUGUCAAAGCCUGACAAUCUUAACAUUUUAUGGUAUGUGUGUUUUUAAUUGACCCACUUACUUAGAACGAGAAACUAGUGGUUAAACAGUAUUUGUGAUUUGAAAUAUAGCAUGUUGACAGUAUGUAACUGUUGGUCAUUAAAAUUAAAUUCUAAUUUAAAAAUUUUAAGGGUAGUAAACUAAAUUGACUUAAGCUUAACUUUCUCCCAUUGAACAUACAAAAAGUAAGUUUUCAAAUCAGUCAUGUUUGCAAAACUACUGUUUUGUGCACCUUGUGUUCUUGUCGUCUUAGGUUGAGGAUAUUGUGUUUGUUAUUAAUAUGUAGUUUACUUUAAUCAUUCAGUAGGCAGAGUCCCCAAAAGGAAAAUCAGUAAAAUAUAAGUAGCUUGUAACACUUACCACAACUAAACAAAAAAAUCAAAACUUGGUGUAAAAUUACUUUUGAUAGGAAAAUGUAGUACAAUGCGUUUUGCUAUAUUUGUCUUUUCCCUAACUUUGAAAUAUACAUAUUUGUAUAUAUAGCCUUAAAACUAAUGCAGAGUUAGGGAACUUUGAACAUUGAAAAAGUAACUUAUAGUGUCUCAGAAUUAAGUAUAGUAUAUACCAACGAAAUCUUUCUUUUAUCCCUCUUGUUUCUGUGGGGUGCUUAAACGUAACUUCAUUGUAUUUAGUUUGUAAUCUGUUCAAGCAUGAAUGAAGAAACCAUAAGCACUAUUUGUAUUUAUAAAUUUAUAGCAAUUUUUGGUUAAAGAACCAAUUCCUUACCUACCUACAAAUAAAUGCUUAAAAUGUCUAAUUUUGUUGUAGAGUGCAAAACUAUAAUAAUGUCAUAAGUUAUAGCUUCGCAAGCACCUAAUUAACAAAUGUAUUUAAUACUACACAGUAUGCUAGUACAGAAAGCUAAACUUAUUUUUAGGAUUAGGCAGAUAAAGUUCUGUUCUUUACUUUUCUACGUAGACUAAAGUUUAGUUCUCGAAACUGCAAAACCUUGAACUGGACUGUGGAAACUUUGAGACCUAAAAUCUUAAAAAAUCACAAGCAAAAUUGUGGUGGAAAGCCAUACUUCAAAUAUAAUCACUUAAAAUGUGUCAUAAUGACAUACUGUGUACUAAAAGCAUUUUCAUCUGAGAGACUCUUCCUAAAAAUAUAAACAUAAUUCUUCUGCUAUUGCUACCAGUGCUGUAACUAGGUUUGGAGGUAAAGGAGGAAUGUCUAUUGCAAUCCUUCCUUUUUUCUGCCUUACGUUCAGCACUUUUGUGUGGUCAGAGCACUGAGUCUAUUAUAUGUGCAUAAACACUGCCAUUCUUGGUACAGAUUUUGAUUACAAAAUACAUGUAUUAAGUACAUUAAAACAUUCUUGCAAAGAACUAGCUGGUCUUUUCAUGAAUCUGCAAAAAAAAAAAAAAAAUCUUAAAAAGGCACUUUUGCACCUUUGUGCAUUUUCCUUUUUGCACCAGUUAAACUUUUUUUAAUGCUAAAACAUUAGCACCUCAGGGGCAAGGCAGCAGAAUUUUUGAAGUAUUGUGUGCUAUUUAUUUCCCUUGGGAGAAGAUUCCUGUGUGACAAAAAUGCAAACAAUGUGCUGUUCAAAAAUGUAUUUUGAAUAGAUGUUCAAAUAGGAUGGUCCCAAUUUGCUUGUUUUUAAAAAGAAAUGACAUUUUGUAAUGCUAUUUUGCUUCAUAUGCCAUGCAAGUUUCUGUGUUUUUCUUUAUAUUUGACAGCUUCACUGGUUUCAGUUUCUGUGAAUACUGUUAUAGUCAGAUUAAAUGUUUCACUGAUCA